GGUGGCUGUGGUGGCUGUGGCGGCUGUGGCGGCUGUGGUGGCUGUGGCUGUGGUGGCUGUGGCUGUGGCGGCUGUGGCUGUGGCGGCUGUGGCAGCUGCACCACCUGCAGAUGCUACCGCGUGGGCUGCUGCUCCGGCUGCUGCCCCUGCUGCUGUGGCUGCUGUGGGGGCUGCUGCAGCCAACCCGUGGUCUGCUGCUGCCGCCGCACCUGCUGCUGCCAGCCUUGUUGCUGCAGCUCUGGCUGUCGCGGCUGCGGCUGUGGCUGCGGCUGCGGGAAGGGCUGUGGCUGUAGCAAGGGCUGCUGCCAGCAGAAGUGCUGCUGCCAGAAGCAAUGCUGCUGCUAG